AUGUUCCGGCAAAAAGACGGAGUCGUGAUGGGUUCCCCUCUUGGUGUCGUAUUCGCCAACUUUUAUAUGGGUACUGUGGAAGAGAGAGUUUUCUCCAAUAUUAGAACACCCUGCAAAUACGCAAGAUAUAUUGACGAUAUCUUUGUUCAAGCCGAGAAUGAGGAAGAGGUUGAAGCUGUCUGGCGCACGUUCCAGCAGUGCAGUUCAAUGAAUUAUACCGUCGAAUUCAGCAACGAAGGCCAGCUCCCCUUUCUCGAUGUCCUCGUCUACAAGACCGACGACGGUCUAAGAACUUCGGUGUGUACAAAGCAAACAAACUUAGGGCUUUGCCGGAAUGGUGACAGCAAAUGUCUUGCACGGUUCAAGAACACCACAGUCAGGGCCUUCAUUCGGAGGGCCCUCACACACUGUUCUUCCUGGCAGGACACUUUCAAAGAACUUGACCGAGUCACUCAGGUGCUCGUUAAUAACGGGUAUCCGAAUCGACUUAUUAAUAAAGAAGUCCGCACAACGCUGGACCAUUGGUACAGCAAGAGUGAGAGACCGCAGCCCCACCCCCAUGAGAAGAUCAAGCUGUAUUACAAAGCUAGAAUGCACGCACAUCACUGUGAGGACGAGGAUGCAUUGAGAAAAAUCAUCAGAGAGAACGUGACCCCUACCGAAGUCAACAAAGAACUCGAACUCGUAAUUUAUUACCAAAUUCGAUGUACCUGCGACCUUAUCAUGAAGAACAACCCAACUCCCCCAGCAAGAGACCCCUUUAAACAGUCGAAUGCAGUCUACCAAUUCUCAUGCCCCGUCGGUGGAUAUCCUGGCUCUUACGUUGGUAUUCGCGUUUUCAACAUGCCCAGAACUGCUCGGCAAUAUGCUGCACUUGCUUCCAUCUCUGCUUAG